UAAGAAAUUAAACAUCUUCCAAUGGUGAGUCUGUUUUUUGUGCUUACCAGAUUAAUGGUUGUGAACUGUCUCAGCAUAUUAUUCCAAUUUUAGAGCUCCGAAGCAGAGAGACUACAGAAAAGUCUAGUUCACUUUCUUAAAUUAGUUAAUACGGUGUCGUAUUGGGACACUCUUCUUUAAUUUUCUCUCUGGCCUAAGAGAAAUCGACACGUCAUAGCUAAGAGGAGGGGUAUUGCCACGUCAUCUCAUCCACUCGCCAGGCUAGGCGCGUGAAUUGCAUUUCCCUCCUGAUCGGAAAAGUCUUACCAAAGAUUAGCUUUCAGGUCAAUUUUUAAAUCUUAGCUCUCACCAACGACGAAACUCGUCUCCCUCCAUCUUGCUAUGGAUCGUCAGCCGGAGAGGGAGAAUGAUGAACUACCAUCUCCGGCGAUAAUUUCCGACCGAGUUCUGGUAAAUGGUGUUGUCACGCCGUUAACGUUGACCGCCGAGGGAGAGCUACGAUCGACGGAAUCUGGACGGCGGAAAUCGACGUUGGCAAAAGAAAUCCUGAGUUUCGUCGUGGAAGGUAACAAGGUUAGAGUAAAGACCUUGGUUGAGAAAGGAGGAGGAAUUUGCUGUAGAGGAAGUGCUGGAGAUUAUGCGAGGAACGAUUUCGUUUUCGAGCCUCUCUCUGAUGAAUCUAGAAAGCUUUGGUCCGAUAAGUUCCAUCAACACCUCGUCUCUCUCGGUCGGCCAAAGAAAUUGCUUGUGUUUGUGAAUCCGUUUGGCGGGAAGAAAACAGCGAGAAAGAUAUUUCAAGAGGAAGUAAAGCCAUUGUUUGAAGAUGCAAAUAUUCAACUUGAGAUUCAAGAAACCAAGUAUCAGUUGCAUGCAAAGGAAAUUGUUAGGUCCAUGGAUGUAUCAAAAUACGAUGGUAUUGUUUGUGUUAGCGGUGACGGUAUCCUUGUUGAGGUUGUAAAUGGACUGCUUGAAAGAGAAGACUGGAAGACUGCCAUAAAAUUGCCGAUCGGAAUGGUCCCUGCAGGAAGUGGUAAUGGCAUGAUUAAAUCAUUGUUGGAACCGGUAGGGCUUCCUUGUAGUGCAACAAGUGCUACUAUUUCGAUAAUCCGAGGUCGUACACGUUCUCUAGAUGUAGCAACUAUCUCACAAGGGACUACCAAAUUCUUCAGUGUCUUGAUGCUUGCUUGGGGUUUAGUGGCUGAUAUAGACAUCGAGUCAGAGAAAUUCAGAUGGAUGGGUAGUGCUCGCUUUGAUAUCUAUGGUCUUCAGAGGAUAAUAUGCUUAAGACAAUACCAUGGACGAAUUCUAUUUGUGCCAGCUCCUGGGUUCGAAAGCUAUGGGCAACGAGCCAGUUGCAGUAUAGAUAAAGAGCCAUCUGGUAGUGAUAAGACACUCGUAUACCAAGGACCUGAUAGUAAACUUGAAAAUCUGGAUUGGAGAGAAAUGAAAGGCCCAUUUGUUUCAGUAUGGCUUCAUAAUGUUCCCUGGGGUGCUGAGAACACUUUGGCUGCUCCUGACGCUAAGUUUUCUGAUGGCUUCCUGGAUUUGAUUGUCAUGAAAGACUGUCCUAAACUAGCCUUGCUAUCACUUAUGACAAAGUUGAGUGAUGGAACCCAUGUCCAAUCACCAUAUGCAUCAUAUCUGAAGGUGAAGGCAUUCGUACUGGAGCCAGGUGCACGCAUAGACGAACCAGACAAGGAAGGAAUCAUAGAUUCAGAUGGAGAAGUUUUGGCAAGAGGAAGAAAAUCGUACAAAUGUGAUCAAAAGGCUUUGAUGUCUUACGACAAGCUUCAAAUAAGUGUUGAUCAAGGUUUAGCCACUCUCUUCUCUCCUGAAUAAUUCUGACUGAUACAUGAGAUGUGAUGAGAUGAGAUGAAGUUGUCCCUUGUGGCUAUAAUUUGAUUGAUGGACAUUACAAUACAAAAAAUGAGAAGAUGAUUCGAGUUAUAUAGUAAAUCCCUAAAGAUUACCAUUGAGUGUAUUGUUUAUUGUUGUAUUGCUGUUGUAUUGCAGUUUUGAGUUUUUUGUUAGAAAGUUGUGUGAACUAAGAUAUUGAGAAGACCAUAAAUACUAAAUGUGAGAUUUUUUUGAACUCUUGGUGUAAAGUGUAAACAUAUUUAUGUUGGGGGAUGGU